AGUAAUGGCUGGUUUUCAUUAGGUCAAAAUCACUGACAUCGAAAACUGCCUUCAUCUGACAGCUAUUCAUUUGGUGUCAAACGCGUUUUCAUUACUUCAUAAAAACUGACCAAAUGUCGAUAUAGCAGUGAAUGUCAAAGACUGUCGUCAAAUUUUGAUGUCAAACGUGAAGUGAAAUUGUUUGACAGACGGUCAGCUGAUAAAAGAAAAAUUAAAAAAAUAAAGUACGAAAAUAAUUUAUACGAGAAGUAAUGCGCAAAAAUAAACAAAUUGCUAUAGCUGCUGCAGCGCUAUGUGUAAUAAAAACACUAAGGAUGUGGAAAAAGAAGAGAAACCAACAGAGGAAGCAAAAGCAAUGUUGGAUUCGGCCUGUGGAUUUUAUGCCACACUGCGCUCUAAGCUUUUUUAGGAUGAGUAUGGAGGAUUUUGAUUUUCUUGUGGAGCGCCUUACCCCAUAUAUAUUCAAACAUACCACAAGGUUCCGAGAAGCGAUUUCGGUGAGCGAAAGAUUGGCCGUAACUUUACACGUUACUUGGCAACAGGCGAUAGCUUCUCUAGCCUUAUGACUGUUUUUCUAAUCGGGAAAACCACCAUCUGUCAUGUAAUACAUGAGACAUGUGGGCCUCUUUUCGAAGAUUUAAAAUAUGAUUUUUCAAAGGUUCCUAUCACUCAUGAAGAAUGGUCAAAGGUUGCCGACCGUUUUGACCAGCGAUGGCAUUUCCCUAAUUGCUGUGGGGCAUUGGAUGGAAAACAUAUAGCGAUUCAGGCACCUGCAAACUGCGGUUCAGAGUAUUUUAAUUACAAAAAAUACAAUGGUAUUGUCCUGAUGGCUCUGGUGGACGCCGACUACAAUUUUUUGUUUGUAGAAGUUGGAGCAUAUGGUCGUGAAUCCGAUGGUGGUGUUUUCGCAAGAUGCCCUCUUUCAAAUGCUUUUGCCGAUAAUACAAUUAAUUUUCCGCCCCCAAGGCCACUUACACAUGAAAGUGAUGAAAUGCCAUUUGUCAUCGUAGCUGACGACGCGUUCCUUUAAAAACAUACUUGCUGAAACCAUUCAGUUAUCGCGAGCAAGUUAUGUCGUAUAAAAUUUUCAAUUACAGACUAUCCCGAGCAAGAAAUGUAGUAGAAAAUGUGUUCGGCAUAUGUGCAUCGCGUUUCUGAAUUCUCAGAAGGCCAAUGGACGUAAAACCGGAAUAUGCAAAAGCUAUUGUCCUCGCGAUUUGUGUCAUACAUAAUUAUCUUUUAACACGCAAAUCAGUAUACAGUAAAACCGGCUUAAGUACCUCACGAAAAAUGUCAGCUUUUUGAGGUACUUAGGCGUGUUGGGUACUUAAAAGAACCCGCUUAAGUACCUCAAUGCGGGUACUAAAGCGAACAUGAUUACUGAUGUAGUUACAUCUUCUUGCUAACUUACAUAAAUACU